AUUCUAAGUCAGUCCUCGCAAAUUGGAUUAAUAAUUUUAUAUACCGCAACAGCAUUAACGGCAAUAAUCGGAAAUGUGCUAGUCGUAAUUGUGUUCGCUAAAGGUCGCAGGUGUCGGACGGAUAUACGGCCUUUCUUAAUCAACCUUGCAGUUGCUGAUCUCAUCAUGGCUGUGUUCUGUUUACCUUUUACAUUUUCGUCUGUCAUGUUAAAAACAUGGAUAUUUUCUAGACCGAUGUGCCCUCUAGUAUUGUGCAUGCAACACUUGUCCGUUUCGGCUAGUGUCUUUACGAAUAUGGCGAUCGGAACGGAUCGUUUUCUUGUAGUGAUGUUCCCUUUAAGGUCCAGAUUGGCAGCAUCACGUUCAAAGUAUGUACUCUUUACGAUAUGGGUGGGUGCAAUAGCGUUAUCGUCUGUGCAGUUAGUGGUCAGCCGAGCUGAGGAUAUAUAUGUUGGGAAAUAUCAUAUUGUGUCAUGUGACGAGGUGUGGCCUUCGGAAAACGCUCGCAAAACAUUCACGUUUUUUGUUUUGUUAAUAACAUAUAUAAUACCCUUGUGCAUUCUGUCUGUGACUUACUCUAUAGUUGGAGUAUUAUUGUGGCGACGAACGGCUCCUGGAAACGCCGACGAAGCUCGAGAUUCCAAUCAGCUACGAGCUAAACGAAAGGUAAGUUUUAUGACUCUGUGUAUA